AGAUAUUGCCUCGUAAGCAACCUCAUUGUAAUAUUUUCGUGCUGUCGGACUACAAAAAUUUUGCCGCUCAGCGUUAUCCGCAGAAACCGGAAACACAAUCACUCAGCCCUAAGCAAAAAGAUUUAGCUCAAGACCGUCACCGGACGGCUGUCCCCUGCUUGCCGUCGCCGGUUUCUCUUUCGUUUCUGCUGCUUCGACAAAGUGACGCCCUUCCUCUUCUCAUUCAAUCAAUCGCAGUUAUUAUGUUUCAAUUCAUCCACACCGAGCCCACCCACAUGGAUUUCUGGUUAGCAUUCUCCUUCUUUUUAACAAUGGAGAAUUUGAAGUUUCUACGACCUUGAACCCCCCUAUUGCUCCUUUAUACUCAUACAAACAUAACUUCCCAGAAUGGUCGAACACUUUUUUUGCGUGGCUUUUAUGGUGGUAUAAUUUGAUAUUCGCAGAGAGGGAAGUAUGCCGAUGGCUUCGGGAGUUGCUUCAAAAUGUCCUCUCGUGUAGGUUGGAUAGUCCGAGCUUUCUGAAUUGGGUUCUUAAUAUAAAGUCCAAAGAGUGUGAUGGAAAAGACUUUCCAUAACAUGGAUAGUGGAAUUAAUUGGACACCUGAGAUUGGUAUGGAAUUUAAUACGUUAGAAGAGGCAUGGAAGCAUUGGGUAAACUACGGAAAGCAAAUGGGUUUCGGUGUUAGGAAGCAUUUUGCAAAUAAAAGUAAGUUAGACGGAGAAAUAACGUCCAGAGGAUUUGUAUGCUCCAAAGAGGGUGUCCGUCAAAUAGACAAACGGAAUGUUCGGACGCAUCGGGAGGAAACAAGGACGAAAUGUCCUGUACGGUUGUGCAUUAAUAUAGAUCGUGAGACCGGAAAGUAUGGAGUGUAUGAUUUUGUCUGUGGACAUAACCAUAUUCUUCAUCUUCCAGAAACUACUUAUAAGAUGCAAUCAAAACAAAAACUGUCAAGCGUCCAAGCUUUUCCGAGAAAUUUAGCAUAUGCUUCUAGAAUCUGGCCUAAGGAAACACAUGAGUUGGGUGAUACUUCCCAAAACAUGGAUACUAGAAUUGAUUGGAUACCGAAAAUGGGUAUGGACUUUGAUACGUUGGAAGAGGCAUGGAAACAUUGGGAAAAAUAUGGAAAGCAAAUGGGUUUCAAUGUUAGGAAGCAUUUUGCCAAUAAAAGUAAGAUAGAUGGAGAAAUAACGUCAAGAGGAUUUGUAUGUUCUAAAGAGGGUGUUCGCCAAACAGAUAAACGGAACUAUCAGACCCAUCGAGAGGAAACAAGGACCAAUUGUCCUGUACGGUUGUCUGUUAAUUUAGAUCGAGAAACCAGAAAGUACAAAGUGUAUGAUUUUGUUCUUGAACAUAAUCAUAUUCUUCGCCCUCCAGAAAAUAUGAGGCAAUUGGAUCGAAAUAUGUCUGGUGUCCAAGAUUUUACAAUUGAUUUAACACUUACUUCUGGAAUCAAGCCUAAGGCAGCACCUGAGUUGAUGUGUAGAGAGGUUGAUGGGAGGGCCAAUCUUGGAUACAUUGACCUCAAUCACAGAAUUGUGAACUUGGGCAUGGGAGUGGGCUCAGUUGGAAGUUCUGAUGAGGGGGACUUGGUUGUGUGUGGAAAGGGUCCAGCCGUAGAACCAUAUGUUGGGAUGGAGUUCGAGUCAGAAGAGGCUGCCAAGGAGUUUUAUGAUGACUAUGCGAGAUGCAUAGGGUUCAUUAUGCGGGUUGAUGAGUGUCGUCGUUCUGGGGUUGACAAAAGAAUUAUUUCCCGUCGAUUCUCUUGUAAUAAGCAGGGAUUUUAUGUAAAAGCUAGAGAUGAAUCGAGGCGGAUUCAGAAACCACAGCCUAGCAAGGGAGAAGGUUGCAAAGCAAUGAUGUCAGUGGAAGUUCAUAAAUCUGGAAAAUGGAUUGUUACGAGUAUUGUAAAGGAUCAUGGUCAUCCUUUGGUUUUUUCUGGCCAUCCUUCACGGGGUUCUCUGGAUUCAAGAGAAAGGAGGAUUCAAGAACUCACCAUGGAGCUGCAGCGUCAAGAUCGACUAUGUGAACUAUAUAGGGAACUGCUACUUUCAUUUUUGGAAAAUGUUGAGGAGCAAACAGAACUUUUGUCAAGAAAAGUAGAGAUUGUAGUCAAUGAUGUAAGAGAACUUGAGAGUCGAGACCGAAGUCCAAAAGCUUUCACAAAGUGAAUAACCUGGAAGGAGUGAGUAUUUAUGCUGUAUAGUUUCUGAUGAAUGUAUGCUUGGCUGGAUAAAUUCUUCGUGUGCUUAAUUCAAAUGUCUGAUGUGCUUCA